AUGUCAGCUCUUGCUUCGUCGGCACUAACAUGGAAGGAAAUCAAGGAAGCUGCCCUUUCAGAUCCCGAAACAUUGAAAGUUUUGGAGUCAUUGGCGAACGGUGAGCAAGACAGUAUUCCGAUUGAGUAUAGGGUCCUGGUGAAUGAGCUGUGUCAGUUUGAGGACGUGCUGCUACGAGGGGAUCGCAUUGUCGUACCAUUAGCCCUAAGAGAUAGGGUUUUAUCGGCGGCUCAUGACGGUCACCCGGGAAUCACCAUGAUGAAGAAUCAUUUGAGAUCGAACGUUUGGUGGCCGAAGAUGGAUUCCGAUGUGGAAAAAUAUGUGAAAAGUUGCAGAGGUUGCACGCUUGUUUCUGCCCCUGAUCCACCAGAAGCAAUGGUUCGUAGUCAACUACCCUCAUAUCCAUGGCACACAUUGGCGGUUGAUUUUCUUGGUCCAUUGCCCGAGGGACAAAGCUUGUUCGUGGUCAUCGAUUACUAUUCUCGGUUCAUGGAAGUAUGCGAGAUGGAGACUACUACUUCUAACGAUGUAAUAAGAGAAUUGGCAAUCAUGUUUGGUAGAUAUGGAAUUCCAUCCUACAUAAAAGCGGACAAUGCUCCUCAGUUCAGUGCUGAUUGUGCGGAGAUCAAAGAGUUCUGCGAGUCAACGGGGUUCAGGAUUUCAAACACCAUCCCGUAUUGGCCACAAUCGAACGGAGAAGUGGAGCGGCAGAAUAGGUCUAUUCUAAAGCGACUCCGAAUUGCACAAGAGUUGGGACUGAACUGGAGGAAAGAAUUGCGUGACUAUUUAUUGACCUACCAUUCUACGAAGCAUCCAUCUACUGGAAAAUCACCUGGAGAGCUGAUGUUCGGAAGACGAAUUAAAAGCAAGGUUCCGUCCAUAAUGAUCUUCCAUGAGGAUGGUUCCGUACGAGAACGAGACGCCGUUGUGAAAGAGAAAGGUAAAGAUUAUUCCGAUAGAAAGCGGAAUGCCAAGCAAUCCGAACUGCAAGAGGGUGACGUUGUUCUAGCGAAGCGUAUGCGGAAGAAUAAUAAAUUGGAUACUAACUUCAGUAACGAGGAGUUCAUCGUAAAAAGAAAAGAGGGACUAGAUACAAUCAUCAAAUCCUCAAAAUCGGGGAAGGAAUACCGACGCAGUUCAGCACACCUCAAAAAGGUGUUGGGUCAUGAUCAGAAGGAUCUUGAUAAUCAUUCUUCAACGGUUGCUGUUCCUAAAAAUGAUUCUUUAUCGAUGCAGAACGAUGAUGCUUUAUCUGAAAAACAUCCUUCUAGAAGAUUAAGGAAAGUUCCAAGCAAAUAUGAUGAUUAUAUCCCGCAUUAA